GCUGAAAUCACCACGCUAAAAGAGCAAGAUCAUUUAAUGCAAUUUUUAAUGGGGCUCAAUGAUUCCUUUGCCAAUUUAAGGAGUCAAAUUUUACUAAUGACACCAUUACCAACAAUCACAAAAGCAUUGUCUCUAGUGAUGCAAGAUGAACAACAAUGAAAUAUCCAAUCUAUUGCAUCCCUUCCAUACCCUAAGCAGUUGGCAAUGGCAGUCUCACAUAAUCAUGAAUCACAAUCUACCUAUCGUUUUAAUCAACAGAGUCAAAAUAAAUCUGGUCAACCAUUCUAUCAUUGUGACUAUUGUGGAUUAGAUGGACAUUCUGAGUCACGGUGUCACAAAAAGCUUGGAAAUCCUAAUUAUCAAACGACAUCAGUAAAGUGUGACUUCAAAGAUUCUGGUUCUUGUUUUCAACGGAACUCUACUGAACAACAUACAGCUUCUUCUAGAUCACAACUAGUAGUUGCUGCUGUUGACCAUGGUGAGAAAAGUUCUGAUGUAAGCUCACCUUUCACUCAGGACCAGAUACAACAACUACUUUCUCUUAUUCAACCUAGUGUCUCUACCUCUUCCAAUCCACUUGUUAAUAUGGCAGACUUGUGGAAGGAGCAUGAUGGUCUCUACUACCUUGCACCUUCCACAGCCCCGUUUAUCUCCCUUACUACUAUUUCCAAACCUGUGGUAGACCUCUUGCAUUUUCAACUAGAUACCUCAACUCUAGCCCCUGCCACAACAAAUUCUUCUCCAGUAGUACCUCUUACCGAAACCUCUACUACAUUACCUUCUCUUGAAUCACCAACUUCACCACAUGUCUCCGAACCACCACCUAUUGUCCUCCCAGAAUUACGGUGUUCUUCACGUCAUAAACAAGUUCCCACAAGGUAUAAGGACUAUCACUACUUUAAUGUGCAUGAUCAAUCAACUUCUUCCUCCUCAAGUACUCCUUAUCCUAUUUCUAAUUAUCUGUCCUAUGCUCGAUUCUCUCCUGCUCAUUAUUCCUUCCUUAAUACCAUUGCUUGUGACAUUGAACCAUCCUCCUCUACCCAAGCUAUUCACUGUCCUGAGUGGAGAACAGCUAUGCAAACAGAACUUCAAGCCUUGGAAGACACACAAACGUGGUCACUGGUUCCUUUACCACCUGACAAGAAGCCAAUUGGUUGCAAAUGGGUCUAUAAGAUCAAACGAAAAUCUGAUGGCAGCAUAGAGAGAUUCAAAGCCCAGCUUGUAGCUAAGGGAUACACUCAAGUAGAGGGAAUUGAUUAUCAUGAUACUUUUGCCCCUGUUAUCAGGAUUGUCAUUGUUCAUGUUCUUUUGGCCAUUGUAGCUGUUAAACAAUGGCCUUUGCAUCAAAUGGAUGUUCAGAAUGCUUUCUUACAUGGUGAUUUACAAGAAGAGCCUCUCGGAACUGGUUUUCCAAGUUUUCUAGUGCUUGCUUGUGGUUUUCAACAAUCUCCAACGGAUUACUCUUUAUUUCGACUAGACCAAGGCUCCUCCACCGUCUUCAUUUUAUUAUAUAUUGAUGACAUGAUUCUCACAGGCAACAAUCCUAAUCUCAUUGCUCGUGUGAUGGAAUUUUUAUUCAGUCAAUUCAAGAUUAAGGAUUUGGAUUCACUUAAGUAUUUUUUGGGUAUUGAAGUAGCUCGCUCCCACCGAGGCAUUUAUCUAUCUCAACGCAAAUAUACUCUAGAUCUUCUUGAUGAUUCUGGUCCUCUUGGCUCUAAAACUACUGACAUGCCAAUGGAAACAAAUCUUAAGCUUAUUGCGACUGAUGGCCCAUUGUUGGAUAAUCCUUCCCAGUAUCGUCGUUUGGUGGGUCAUUUCAUUUACCUCACCGUUACCAAGCUAGAUAUAUGUUUUACGAGUAAGAAACAGAAUACCAUUGCACUUUCUUCUGCUGAAGCCGAGUAUAGGGCCAUGGCUUUUACCACUAAAGAGGCAGCUCAGCACAUUGUUGCCAAUCUUGUCUUUCAUGAAAGGACAAAACAUUUGGAAAUUGAUUGUCAUUUGGUGCGUGAGAAAUUUCAAGCUGAUAUUGUCUGUCCAUUGCCCAUCUCUUCCUCUCAUCAACCAACUGACAUUUUCACAAAGGCAUUGGGCAAGGAUAGUUUUUAUUUGCUGCGGGACAAGCUGAGCAUUCAUGACCUUCAUGCACCAGCUUGAGGGGGAGUGUAAACAAUAACUGGUAUAAUAAUCCGACAUAAAUCCCUUAGAAUCAAGAGCAUAUUUGUAUACAAUUAUAAUUCUCCUAGACUCUAUAGGCACAAGAUUAGCUAAGUUAUGAUUUUGAUAUGGUUCUUUUGUAUAUAUAUGUAAAGUGACAUACAUUAUGAAUGAAUAACAUACAUUCAG